AUGUCCUCCCAGCAGAGCGCCGCUUCCUCAAAAGCCUUUUCCAAGGGGUCCUCCCAGGGCCCCACUCCGUGCCCCGCCCCCGCGCCCGCCCCGGCGCCCUCCUCCUCCUCCUCCUGCUGCAGCGGCGGCUGCUGCGGCUCCGGCGGCGGCUGCUGCGGCUCCGGCGGCGGCUGUUGCGGCUCCAGCGGCGGCUGCUGCGGCUCCAGCUCCAGCGGCUGCUGCUGCUUUCCAAUCAGGCGCCGCCGGCAGCGGAGUCGCGGCUGCUGCUGCUGCAGGGGCGGCAGCCAGCGGUCCCAGCGCUCCAGCAACUGCCAGAGCUCUGGCUGCUGCUCUGGCUGCUGA